CAGAGGACAGGCAGUCAGGAUCCAGUUUAGGUUUAGGGGAGAAACUGAGGCGGAGAAAGCAAGUCAGACAGUGAAGGAGAGGAAGAAAGCAAGAGCCCGAGGUGAAAGGGAGUGUUUGUGCUCAGGAUGGUCAUGGCUCCGCAGCAUUGGGCAACUCUUCUCCUGCCUGGAUUAGACUUAAGGAAGCCCGGUGGUCUGUAGCAGCAGCAGCAGCAGCAGCAUCAUCACUCCUGUCCGUCAACAUGCCGUCUGUCUCUCUCAGCCUGCCAACAGCUCUGGCUGGACCUGCACGCACCUGGGUCUGCCUGUCCUGCAUGUUCUGGCCAGAGGAGUUGGAGGCUCUUCAUUCCCAUACGUUCCGGGUGAAGACUUUCAAGAAGGCCAAGCACUGCAGCGUGUGUAAACAGACCAUCAUCCAGGACGGACUUGUCUGCAGAGUGUGCCGAAUAGCUUGCCACAAGAAAUGUGAAGUCAAGGUGUCCUCAUCUUGUGUUCCAGCAACAAACUAUGAGCUGGCGCCGAGCAGUGACCUCCCUCUCAAACACGUAGACACCAUGGGCUCAACAAAAUCUACAAAGAGUGUGGAGUCACGGCGCAGACCAUCGAGGAGUGUGAGUCUGCUGCAGGCCCUGGACGAGAGCUACGAGCUGGACCUGAUCUACAUCACUGAGAGGAUCAUCUCCGUCUCCUUCCCCAGCAGUGUGGACGAGCAGAGUUACGCUGCCAACCUGCGGGAAGUUGCCUCCAUGCUGCGCUCCAAACACGGUCACAACUACCUGCUCUUCAACCUCAGUGAGAAGCGCUAUGACAUCAGCCAACUUAAUCCAAAGGUGUUGGACUUUGGCUGGCCUGACCACCAUGCUCCAGCCCUGGACAAAAUCUGCAGCAUCUGCAAGGCCAUGGACACUUGGCUGAGCGCGGAUAGCCACAACGUGGUGGUCAUACACAACAAGGGCAACCGGGGCAGAACUGGAGUGGUGGUGGCAGCCUACAUGCAUUACAGCAACAUAUCUGCCAGUGCUGAUCAGGCUCUGGACAGGUUUGCCAUGAAGCGCUUCUAUGAAGACAAAGUGCUUCCUGUGGGUCAGCCAUCACAGAAGAGGUAUGUAGAGUACUUCAGCGGCUUGCUCUCCGGACACAUCAAGAUCAACAACAAACCCUUGUUCCUUCAUCAUGUCAUCAUGCAUGGCAUCCCCAACUUUGAGUCUAAAGGAGGCUGUCGUCCUUUUCUCAAAAUCUAUCAGGCCAUGCAGCCCGUCUACACAUCUGGGAUCUAUAAUGUUCAGGGCGACAGCCAGACGAGCAUCUGCAUCACCAUUGAACCUGGUCUUCUUCUGAAAGGGGAUAUCUUGCUCAAGUGCUACCACAAGCGCUACCGUAGCCCGUGCCGAGAUGUGAUAUUCCGGGUGCAGUUUCACACCUGUGCUGUUCACGACCUGGGGAUCGUCUUUGGGAAAGAUGAGCUUGACGAGACUUUCAAAGAUGACAGGUUUCCAGAAUAUGGAAAAGUGGAGUUUAUCUUCUCCUUUGGUCCAGAGAAAAUACAUGGUCAAGGUAUGGACCACCUGGAAAACGGGCCGAGCGUCUCGGUUGACUACAACACACAGGAUCCCCUUAUCCGCUGGGACUCCUACGAAAACUUCAAUCAGAACUGUGAGGACACCACAGACGAAGUCAUCCAUACACAAGGACCCCUGGACGGCAGCCUUUACGCCAAAGUUCGCAAAAAGGAGUCUGUCGAAGGAACAGUAACAGCAAAUGGCCUUCCACCCACUGCUGCUGAACAUGCCCUACCCGCAGUUGACCAUGCCUUAUCAGUGAGCAGCGACUCAGGAAACUCCACCGCCUCCAUCAAAACUGACCGAACUGAUGAAGCAGCAGCAGCCCCUCAGGCGUCCACAGUGAGCCAGACACACGUUCCCGCGGUUGAGGAGUUACCCUCAGGCCAUCGCCACGCCACACCUGCCCAACAACCAAUCAGUCCCCAGGAGCAACAGGAGCUGGAGCAGCUGCUGAGUGGCUUGGAGGGGCCCAUGCACCGACAGGGCUACCUGUCCACCCCAACUUCUGCUGCUGGAGGGAUGCUUCACCUGGUGCCUGCCCAGGUCCAUGUCAAUGGGCACAGUAGCAUUGACCGGGAAACGGACAUUUUAGACGAUGAGCUGCCUACAAGUCAAGAGGGAAACAGUGUGGACAGUCUUGGAACGUUCUCCUCCACAGAUGGUAGGGCUACACCAGCUGAUCUGUACUUCCAGUCUGAGUCAGUUAUCAAUGGCCAGGACCAUGUGCCGUAUCUGGAGCGCAGUGUCCCAGAAAAGCCUCUGGAAACCGUCCAGCCACAGGUUGGCAACUCUGACAGUCCUGUCAGAAAUCACCAAAGUGAUUCAGCCUCAUCAUCGGGUGCUUACGUGGCCACCCAGAAUGGCAGUCUGUACCGUUCUCAGUCGUUUGGUGCAGAACCAAUAUCAAUGCCACAAGCUCCCACCCGCACCACCAGUAGUAGGGAUGCCGUGCAGCGUGGUCUUAACGUUUGGCAGCGGUUUGGUGUACCUGAGGAGCCAGUGACUGAAGGCCUCACUUUCAGUCCACCUCCUUCUGUAGCAGUGAUACCCAGUCACCACAGCCUCCCACAGUUCCCUCAUCGGCACAGUGCAUCCCAGCAAGAGAUUGAGCAAUCUAUUGAAACCCUUAAUCUCCUCAUGAUGGACCUGGAACCAGGCCGUUCACAGGUGCCAAAGUCCCAAAGUGCCCCACUGCGGGAAAACAGUGUUGUAGUGACCACCCAACCGUCCUUCUACCAAAGCCAAGCCAGGCCCUCCUACCAGGGCGAUGCCGCCAUUCACACCCAUUUUUCGGGUCCCAUGUCCAGCCUGGCCAGCCACUCGUCACCAGCUCAGGUGUCACCUGGGAAGCCUAGCACACCAGAGUCUGCACCUGUCCAGGGAUCUCUGAGUCACACCUCUGAAACCACUGGAACUAGUCCUCCCUCGCAAACCUCCCCUACUGUAACUGGCCAUGUCCAGUUGAAGCCCAUCAACACCUACCCACCAAGCACACUGUCUCAUUCUGGAGAGGUCUCUGAGCCCCAGAGAAGCCCUAGUGCUGCGUCAGCAUCACCCCAACCAAGAGACAGUGAGCCCGAUGAAGUCUUCAAUGUUGAAGGUCUGGUGGCUCAAAGAGUGGCUGAAUACUCGGCUCGUGCCCAAAGUGUCAUCCCCAGCAUGACCUCUUCUCAGUCUGAGCACCGCCGUUCUCACUCCCUCUCGGGUGUCCAGGCCCGUGCAGCGUCCUUGGAUGAGCCAGCGACUCUGCCUCGGCAUCGCAUCACCAGUGACGGCCAUUAUCACAAUGGUCCUGAUGACGGCUCCUCUCCUGAUAUCCCAGUUCGUUCCCCCAUUCGAUGUGUUUCUCCAGAGUUUGUCAAUGCCAUAGCAAUGAACCCUGGAGGCCGGCCUAAGGAGAGAAAUAUGCACAGCUACCGGGAGGCCUUUGAGGAAAUGGAAGGAGGCCCCAUUAGUCCUACACCCAUAGUUGGUGGUGAGGUGUUACCCCAAACCCCUGCCUUCCCCAUCUCGCCACAAACCCCUUACUUCAACCUGUGUCGGUCCCCUCCGGGUCUUGCCAAGACUCCACUGUCAGCCCUGGGGUUGAAGCCCCACAACCCAGCAGAAAUCCUCCUGAAUCAAACAGGCUCAGCCCCAAGAAGCUAUGUAGAGUCUGUGGCGAGGUCGGCAGUAGCAGGUGGAGAUCCGCCCACAUCGCCCCGGAGCCUUAGCCCACUGGGAGAGGCUACAAGCCAACAGAGGAGUCCAAGUCCCUCCACCCACACACUGAACCCACCUUUGUCCAGCAGCAGUCCCAUCCAGAGCUCACAGGGUGACCUCCCCCUAGCAGAGAGCAGUGUUAGCACUCCGUCCCAACCCACUACUGAUUCUGGCUUCCGCUCCCAGGCCACAGAGAGUGCCUACCCCACUCCAACCCCCUCAUAUCAAGCCGUGAACACUCCCACCUCUUCCUACCUGGAGUCCAGCUCUCCAGCCUCUUCCUACCUUGGCACUACUACACCUACGCUGUCCUACCUUGGCCCCAACACCCUUUUGGGGAGCCAUGUAGCCUCAGAUGCCAGCCUGCCCACCUCAGAACCCUCCCAUACCACACUCAGCCAUGGAAGUCCCCAUGCACAGCACCGGACCAACAUCCUUGGCUCCACUCACAGUCCCGUUCUCCAGCAGCGCUUGAUUGCUAAUCAGGACGGCUCCAUCAUGGGUCAGCAAACAUCACCAGCUAAUGGCUUUGAUGUGGUUAUGCCAGGAAUCAUACCAAGUGGCAGCCCCGUCCUCGGUCGUCGUCUGUCUCAGGGAGCUCAAAAUAGCCCAGUCCUCAGCAGACAGGCCUCUUUGGGACAGGGGUCUCAGCGGAGCCCAGUCCUCAGCAGACAGCCGUCCCUGGGUCAGCCCAUGCAGAGCAGCCCCGUGCUCAGCCGACAGCCAUCUAUCACACACCCCCAAGGAAGUCCGGUUUUGGGCCGUCACCCGUCUGUGUCACAGGUGUCCCAGAGAAGCCCCAGUUUGGACCGUCACCCCAUGCACAGUGGUUACACCACUCCAGAUGAGAGACACGGGAACCUGUCGAGACAGAGCAGCUCCUCGGGCUACCAGGGACCCCCCACUCCCUCCUUCCCCAUCUCGCCUGCAGGCUACCAGGAUGGGGGGAUGAUGGGGAUGGGUGUAGGGUUCAGGCAGGGUAGCCCAGCCCCUGGUUUCCAGCCCCAGCUUCCAGAGAAGAGGCGCAUGUCCAGUGGUGACAGACCAAACGGAGCUCUGUCCUAUAGCACCCUGAAUGGGAAGAUAAUGUCCCCAACAAGCGGAGGAAACACUCUCGGCUACUUCCACACCCUGUCUGACUUCUCCAGGUUCAAUAUGCCCGAUGGAGGUCCUGAGAGCAGACUGAAUGUCAAGUUUGUCCAAGACACAUCCAAGUUCUGGUACAAGCCAGACAUUUCCAGGGAGCAAGCUAUUAGCCUGCUGAGAGAGAGGGAACCUGGAGCCUUUGUUAUUCGGGACAGUCACUCGUUCAGAGGGGCCUACGGCUUGGCCAUGAAGGUGGCCUCUCCCCCGCCGUCCGUGCAUCAGAACAAGAAAGGUGACAUCACCAACGAGCUGGUGAGGCACUUCCUGAUCGAGAGCAGCCCUAAAGGAGUGAAGCUGAAGGGUUGUCCCAAUGAGCCUUACUUUGGCUGUUUGUCUGCCUUGGUCUACCAACAUGCUAUCACACCACUGGCCCUGCCCUGCAAGCUACUCAUCCCUACAACAGAUCUCAUUGAGGAAACACCAGAGGUCGCAACAACAAAUCCACUGGCUGAGCGGCUGAAACAAGGAGCAGUGCAGAGGGCCCCUGCUGAUUCCCAUGCAUGCAACGUGCUCUACAUCAACUCAGUGGAGAUGGAGUCCCUGACAGGCCCUCAGGCUGUUGCCAAGGCCAUAUCUGAGACACUGGCUGCCAUUACUCCACCUACUGCCACCAUUGUGCACUUCAAGGUGUCUUCACAAGGCAUCACGCUGACUGACAACCAGAGGAAGCUUUUCUUCCGACGCCACUACCCUAGCAACACUGUCACGUUCUGCGAUAUCGACCCUCAGGACAGAAAGUGGAACAAGCCUGAGGGAGGCACAGCCAAGCUGUUUGGGUUUGUGGCGCGUAAGCAGGGAAGCACAACCGACAACGUCAGCCACCUCUUCGCUGAGAUGGACCCUGACCAGCCUGCCAGCGCUAUUGUCAACUUCGUCUCGAAGAUGAUCGCCUCGCAGAAACAAUGAGAGCUGUCAGAAAACCCUGGCGCUUUUUUAAAAAAUGCCUUUGGUUAUUUUUCUUUCCUGUUAACCACAGACACUUUCUGUUUUGGACAAUUUAGCAUUUGGUUUGAUGCGCCACCUUAAUUUUCCUGCUCUUUUACAUUUAGGCAAAUGUGCGUGUGUUUGUGUAUGUAAGUGAAUGAAAGAGAACAAGACAGUGUGUGUGUGUGUGUGUGUGUGUGUGUGUGUGUGUGUGUGUGUGUGUGUGUGUGAUGUGUGAUGUGUGAUGUGUGAUGUGUGAUGUGUGUGCGGCUUGCAUGCGUGUGCUUUUCUUCUUGGACGGACUCCAGAAUGGACCAGAGGAAGUGCAGGAUGGGGAGUGGCUGUGUGUGACAAUGGGACGGGAGGUGAUUUUAAUCUCCCUGGCAGGGUAACUCAUGAACAGGAAGAGGGAAUGACGUUGUGUGUGCAAAUGUUAUUUUUUUUAGCAGUUGUUUCAUUUAAAUUUUUUAUUAUUUUUUUUUAAAGAAGAAGUCAAGUUGUGUGAUGUAAAGGUGGACUGUUUAUCUAUCAGGCUUUUGACUGGUCAACCAAAGAUUUUAAAAAAGUAGUCAGGGCGUGUAUAGUGUGCCAUUGUCAGAGGGUCGGAAGUAUUCUUUUGUAAAACAAAUAUGGCUGCUUAAUCAAAAAUACUGAACUGUUUCUUUCUGUAUGUACUGAUACUGUAGGUCAACUCUGUACCAUCACCAUCUUGCAAACGUUUUUGCAGCUGGUGAGGUCUGUGUAAAUAUUCUAGAUUGCUUUAUGAGUAGGACUGUUCUAGAUGACAUUUGGUGCCUGACUUUUUUUGUAAUGCAGAGCUUUUAAAGAAAAAGAAGAACAUAAAACUCCUCCAGGCUGUCUUAAAUAUGCAAAUGGCCAAACUUUGAAAUAAGGUUGUUCCCCAAAAUUCCACAGGUCCUUCCCGGUUCCAUGUAGUAGUGUAGCUAAAGAUGCAACUGAUGUUGUUCCUCUGAUGUGCAGCUAGAGUCUGAAAAAAAAUCAGCUAAACCUAUGUUUUGCAAAUUCGCAGUAUCCAUGCGAGCAUCAGUAAGAAGACCAUUGACUCAUGAACAGUCAAGUCUCCUGACAGUCCUCUGUUCAGUCUGUGCAGCACGUAGCCACACUAUUUUUCGCCAGGAGUUGUUCUGUGAGGACGAUCUUUAUGGAAAAGUGUUGUCCUGCUACACUGCUCUUCAGUUUUCUGUGCUGAAAGUUUCGGUCAAUAGAAAGAAGCUCUUUGCGUCAGCCGGCCAAAACUGUUAACCACCCACACCCUACCCAAAAGUAAGCUAUACAUAUAAAUAUACAUAUAUAGAUAUAUAUAAAAUCUUCCAAACAGUGACUUAAGAUAUUUAUUUUUUUGCUUUGUUGCUCUAUGUUAUCUUGUAUACAUGUAUUAUAAAGUAUACAUCAAGAUUACUGAAAGCGAGAAGAAAAAAUUGCUUUUUAUUUUGGCUAAAGUCGAGAGCAUUGACAUAUAUAAGGUGUAAAGUGUGUGCAUUUAAAAGUGUAUCACUGUUGUUUCUGAAUGUUUUUUUUUUCACAGCAUUACUUCCUAUUGUUAACAUUCUUGUUUUCUUGGGGAGGCUUUUUUGUGUGUUUUUUUUUGUUUGUUUUUUUUUUCUUAUUUUGUUAAGUGAGGGGAAAUAUUUUGUAUGAAAGAUUGUUGUUUCUGGAGUCCAAAUUGGAGUUAUCCUAAAGUGAUGCCAACAAAAUUGUUUUAUUAACUUAAACCUGCCUAGAAAAUACAUUGUCCAAGUUAAGCACUUAAACGUUGAAGUAUUAUCUGUGUUUCUACAAAAAAAAAAAAAAAAAGACGUUGACAGACCCAUUUCAUGUCAUCAUUGCAUGCAUGGAGGGAGAAUUCCGCGUUCCUCAAUCUCCAUCGCAUGGGACUGAGCCUUGUACUUGGAAAAUGAUUAAGUUCAGUUAGUAGCUGCUGCCCCCAUGUGGUGUAGAACUAUCAUUACAACAGAACCACUUCUAAUCUAAUGCAGUGUUUUAGCUGUGAUGACGGCAGGUCAAAGGGUAAAUGAGUUAAAUUUGAUCUCUGAGAAAAUGAACAAAACAGCAUUAAUUUUAAUAUUGAUUCCUAUGCUAAUUUUCUUAAAAUGAGUUUUCUGUUUGCAUUUUAAAGUCCAGUUCAAGGAUUGAGUGUGCAGAGAUUGCAUCUCCUUCCUUUAUGCCUGAUACACUAGGAUCAGUUGGCAGCAUGAUGUCAAAUAAUUAAAUAUGGGUUAGUCUGGGGGCCUACAUUGACUCAAAUGUACUUCAAAAAUAUGAAAAAAUACAGCACUUACAGGGCUUUUAUAUCUGACUAGAAUGUUCCAUUAUUUAUUAGCAGGAGCCUGCACGCUCAAGUCAGCUCAUUACCUUAGCUCUGCUGACUAUAAUGUGUACACAGUGUCCUCAAGUCUUACUCAACCAGUCUGUUCAGAAUGAUGCCCACAGGUAGUUGUCAUCAGGUUUUGGUUUGCGUGUGAUGACCGUGUCUUGACUCAGCUUAUGUCACAGAACAAUCUAGAUUUUUGCCAACAAAAUGCUUGUUGAGAAAAGAGGUCUCCCUCUUCUUCAAACUGAAUGUUAGCCAUUUGUUUGCCAAAAUGGAAACUCCAGUGGCAUCUGCCCACUUUGACAGGUCAGUCUGGACUGUAGAAUGUGCGUGAAUGAGCUACUACGCCUGUAUAGAGCUUUGUCAUUUUUUGGUUUGCUACAUUGUAUGGCUUUUACUAUUUCUGAUGGAAAAAAAAACACAUUAAAAAGCAGUACAAAUCAAAAAA